CCUUACCUUGGUAACCUUGCUUAGCUUCAACGUGGGGAACUAUUCUAUAUAAGCUUGGAAAAGCUUGAGGCGCGCCUAUUUUGUUCACACCUCUUUGUUUAAUCCACCUCUGUACUUGUGACCACUGUUAUGAAGCUUCACAUCAUUCUGCUAGCAACAUCGUUUGCAGUGGCAGCAUCCCAAAAGAAUCAGUACACAACACCAGUACCAAUCUUGAAACAAAUCAACAAACACAAUGAGGAUGGCUCCUAUAGCUAUGGCUACGAAGCAGCUGAUGGUACCUUCAAAAUCGAAACCAAGUACCCAGAUGGUGAGGUCUAUGGCAAAUAUGGAUACGUAGACGACACAGGAAAACUGCGUGAAGUCGAAUAUGGCGCCAGUAAAAGAGGUUUCGAACCAAAUGGUAACGAUAUCCAAGUACCACCUCCAACACUGAAGCAAAACCCUAGUGCCUCCAGACCUUUAGGACCCAAUGAAGUGGACGAUGGUCAAUACAGGGAAGAUCCGAGUGUUUACUACCAAAACGAAGAAGGUUUAAGAGGGAGGAACCAGUACCAACAGCCACAAUCAAUUUACAGGCCGGAACCACGUCCACAGCCUGCUUACAGACCGGAACCACAACCACAGCCACAAUUCAGACCACAGCCACAAUCCCAAUUCGACUUCAACUUCAACUGGGACCAACCCAAGCAAACGCCUCAAUAUCAACCACAGUACCAGCAACCUAGGCCACAGUACUAUCAACCACCAGCCCCUCAGCCAACCUACAGGCCCCAAAGUUACUACAACCCGCAGCCACAGCCCACUUGGAGUCAGCAAAAUUGGGCUCAUCAGUUCCAAGGCCAUCCGGCUUCUAAUGUUGACAUUUGGACUGGGUCUUACUCUGUGAACUAUUGAAAAUGGUUGAUUUAGUAGUACAAAAACGUGUGGAUAACGAUAUGGAUCAACGAGAGAUUUGAUCGUAUAGUUUUAAGCAUGAAAAUGACAUUUGGUGUGAAGCAAUGAGCAAUAUUUCAAAUAUUUAUCAUCAAGUUGGUUGCUACAUGAUGCAUCAAAACACUGAUUGAUAUCCCCUUUUAAUUUUUUAUUGUUUUUGUAUAAGAGUUAUGUUUUUUACUCUCUUCGUUGUUUCAACACCAAAAUCUAAUGUCUUUUCGACUGAUACUAGUCUUUUUUUGGAAUAGAUGUCAAGUUAAUUAGUAUAUAAUGUAUAUAAUAAGUAAGUUGAGGAAAUAAAGCAAAUAAACUGGUA